UCUACAUAAAAAAUAGUGAUCAGUGAUAGAUGAGUGAAGUGCUUCUGAUGAAAUAUUAAAUAUAGUUACAUUCACAGUAAAAUUAACGCUUUUCGCAUUCAUAAAUUGCGCGAUAUUUGUUUAUCUUUUUAAACCCGAGUUAUGAAAAGGUUUUUAAGAGAAAAAAUAUUCAUUUAACGUAGCAAAAUAUCACAACAACAAAAACAAAACAAGAAAAAUGAGAAGAAAUCCAGUCGAAUUCAGGAUAAAUAUUCAAAUCAAGGCAUUUAUAAGUAAAAGAACAUCAACCAAAUUCUGUUUUUGUGUUUUGUACCUUUUGGUAAACCGAAUACAACGUUGGAAUGGUUUGAUAGCCCCACAUGAAUUUCUCGGUGGUUGUUUCAAUUUUAUUAGCAAGCAAAUCAGCUCCACUCGAACUGCGAUCGUCUCUGAUGUUCGAAUGGAACGUAUUGCCUCCGUAAAAGUUGCCAAAUAA